CGGAGGUUAGUGGUUGCUCGAAGUUCGCGCCGGGAGCACACAGCGUGUCUGCGGCCAAAGGAUUCCACCUCGAGAACCUCGAGCCAGGACCUCGAAAGAACAAUCAUGUCUAACGAUGUUGUGCAGGCGAUAGAGUCACUCCCCAUCGGUCGAUUCCACCAUCUACACCUCGCGAGGCAGAUCUGCGCGUGGGCCUGCUUUGCGCUGUGCCAGGAGUGCGCAGCUUACAUCUUUGAUGCUCUGGAGCAACAGUGGUUGCUGAGCGCCGAUGAUCUGGGCUACUUUGCGUCGGCCUUCCCUGCGGGCUGCGUGGUCGGCUCGCUCGCCUCCGCGGCCUUGCUCGACCGCUUCGGCCGACGGCCAGCGCUGGUCGCUGGGACAGCUGCCGCUGCGUUCUGCGGUGCCCUCGCAGCCGCCUCGCCACGCUUUGAGGCGCUGCUGCUGCUGCGUGGCGCACAGGCGGCGUCGUGGGCGUACGCACAGGCGGCGGCCACCGCGUGGUACGCCGAAUUCCUCCCGACGGCCGGUCGUGGGCCGCUAAUUGCUGCUGUCUCAAUCGGGUGGCCUGUCGGCCGAGGGGUCGCCAUCAGCCUCGCCGCGGCGCUGAGCUGGCGCGCGCUGCUCCUCUCCUCCUCCGCCGCGCUGCUCCUGCUGAGCGGCUUGUACGCCCUCGCGCCCGCCUCGCCACGCUACCUCCUCGCUGCCGGGAGGCACGACGAGGCGCGCGCCGUCGUCAAGCGCAUGUACCGCGCAGCAAUGUCGCCCGGCGAGAGGAGCAACUUGGCCGAGCUGCGGAGAGACCACCUGCAGCCGCCCUCGCCCCGCGCGUCGCCCCGCGCCCGCCGCCCCGCCGCGCCGACGUCGCCGCCGACACCGUACGAGCUGCGGUACGGCAAGGCGUGGGGCGACGCCUCGGAGAGCUCGCGGCUGGUCGGGCCGGGCG